AUUGAAUAACUACAAACUAGGUAACUAAAUCAAUACAUAAUAAAUAGAAUAUAUUUACAUAUAUUCUAACGUAUUCUAACAGUGUUCAUAAUAAUAGUAUGUGAGAUCAUUCACAAUAAUAGUAUCGUGUUCAUAAUAUAGGUCUUCUCUUAUCACAACGUUCUAAUUUAGAAUACCUUUAACCUACUUACCUACAUAAAUGUUUGGUGUGCAUCUUUUUGUGUACACCAUUUGCAUACCGCGUAGGUCUACACAGAUAAUAUUAUCUCUAUACAUACAAUUCUUCUGGAAAUACAGACAACUUCUGUAUACAAACAAUUUACAUAGACAAAGUGUGCACACUCAAGAAUUUUUCUUUAAUCUAACAAAAGUUGUCUAUAUACCUAUUUUAUACAAACAAUUUACAUAGACAAAGUAUAUUUUCAAAAUGUACAAACCAUUUUGUCCAACCCUAGUUUUUUGUCAAUAACAAGAUUCAUGGUGCUGCUAAGUUAUACGUAGCAUAAUAUAAUUUUCUUCGUAAAAUGUUUCUAUUUGUAGUAGAUUAUAUUUGUUUUGCUUUGUUAGUCAUGAGGAUAUUUUUGUAGUUUUUAGCGAAAAGACUUUCAUUACUAACUUUUCAUUUUUUUAAAUCUACCAAACAUGGAAAAUUUAUGUUUAACACUUACCUUCCCUUUCAGACCCCACCAACACUUAGGACGUUUUUACUUGGUCUGAAAUUUGUUGGUCUGAUCUGUUUAAAUUUCGUGUGGUCUAGUCUAGUCUAAACUUGUUUGGUUUGGUCUUGUAAGGAUGUUUUUACUUGGACUGGUUUCAGUUCCAAACCAGACCAUACCAGACUUGAACAGACCAGACUUAAAUAAACCAUAACAGACCUGACUUCCGUAGUUAUAAAAUACACAAAAUCAGACAUUUAUCAGACUAGUUCAGACCAGACCAGACUAGACCAAACAUAAAUAGACCAGACCAGACAAACAAAUUACAAUCCAAGUAAAAAUAUCCUAAAUGUCUGAUUUCUGUGUAUUUAUAACUAUGAAAAUCUGGUUUGUUUAAAUCUGAUAUAAUUUGAUUUGGUCUUUUAAGUCUACGCUGGUCUUGCACUAAAACUAAUCCAAGUAAAAACAUAUUUACUAACACUUCGAGUAUUAACACUUCAAUAUGUGUGGAAAAGUAUGGAAAAGUAUGGGCUAUUUGCUGGGUUUGAUUUCGUUUUUGGCUUUCGGGGUUAUUUAUGUCUUUGGUUUUGUACUUUGGCCGUUGCUCUAGUUAAACCAAGGGUAAGGUUUGGAUUAUGUAUAUUUUUUCAAGCACCGAAAGCAGCUCAUUCAAUAUGAAUUCGUAGUAUCAUUGAAGGGAUGAGGAAUAAAACUAGGGGUGGACUGGUUCCGGUUCGGGCCCGGUUCGGGUCCGGUUCGGGCCCGGUUCGGGUCCGGUUCGGGCCUCGGUUCAGAAAAAUGAGGCCCGAGCCCGAACCGGUAGUGGGCGUUUCCGGGUCCGGUUCCGGGCCACCCGGAUUUUUAAUUUUUUUUUUCUUCUUCUCUUAUUUAACUCCCUACCCCUCCCCCUCCACCCCAAAUCACCCCAAACCACCUCAAAUGGCCCAAAAUACCUAAUCCAACCAAAAUACCUAAUCCAACCCAAAACUUAAAAAAAUUUCAAAAAAUAUUCUUGUCAUUCUUUCUUAGGUAUUGCAGUCAUUUUAGCCUUUUAGGCAGGAUUUUAAAAAUUCCAUCCAAUCAACUGAUUUCAUCUAUUUAGUCAAUUCAAGUGUUACAAACAAGUGUGUAAAAUUGCCAAGCUAGUUUAGUUUGAAAUGUAAGUAUGACCUCACCCAGUCACCCCUAAUCUAUCUCACCCACACAUUUCUCUAAUAAGAGUUCACAAAUUUCUUUCUCAAAGAUUCAUGAACUCCUGUGCAGAGAUGUGUUUAUGUUUUUAUUAUUUUAACAGGAUUAAAUAAAUCCUUGGGAGUGGAGAUGUGGUCCCUUUCAUCCAACUUGUCUAUAUAGAUUAUUAUAGGAUAAUAAGAAAGAGGCUACUACUAGAAAGAGUGUUAUUUACUGCAGUCAUAGUAGUCAAUGGCGAGAAAUGGUGUGCGCCAUAUUCAUCAUUGCCAUGAAAAAGUAGUCAUCGCCAUAGCGCCAUAUGUGCCAUCGCCAUGCGCCAUGACAACUAUGGCUGUAGUUAUAAUUAACUAUUUGUUGCGGUUCAAGUGAUGCACUAGAACUUUCUUGAAUUGAUUAAAUAGUGGACCCUUGCUUCCCUAUCAAGUGAGCCGCUUGCGAAGCAGCCACCAACAAUUUAAUAGAGCAGAAAGCAGCUAUGGAAGCAGCUGAAUCCAAUCUUGGAAUGCAUUUAAAGAUUGUGUUCCAUUUAUUGGAGGGGAUGUGGGCAUAUCUGAGUCUUCUCUUCCAGUAACAAGGACCUAAACUCCUAAAGUAUCUAAACAAACAUGUUAAGUUUUUUUUUUUUUUGCAUAGACUAGCUAAGAUCAAUGGUCAACAGAUAGUCAUAGAAAAUUUAGAAGAUUAGUUAACAUGAGUGUAAAAGAGUGAAAUAAAUGGGACAAAUAGAAAAAAUAAACUGAGAAUAAAUAAUACCACAUGAUCUUCCAACAACCUAUUGAAUCCAAUAACUUAUGAAGGCCGUGUGUGUAUAGUUUUCCAAACAAUGGUCUCUUAACAUCAUCUUGUUCCGAACUUUUAGCAGUUUUUCUGAAAUCUCGAAUGAAAAAUUAAAAUAACAAACUUUGAAACACCUUAACAAAGUUUGGAUAACUACUUGAAAUGAUAAUGACUGAAGUAAAUCUUAAACUUGGUAAUUCAUACAAGUACAUGCUAUUUUUUUAGCAAGUCAAAACCCAACGAACCUUGAAUACCACUGUUCCAAAACGGGUGGUACCCUGUAGUAUAUCUGCAGCAGCACUAUCUAUGGAGAUCAAUUACAUUUGAAGGGUUUCAUUUGCAAAUAAAUACUACGUAAUUUAAAAUACAAAAAUACAUUACACAAGUUCAAUGUGAUAAACAAUUGGAAAAUGACAAUUUAUAUGCAUAAAACACCCAUCCAAAAAUGAAAAUUAUUGCACUUUAUAUUGCCGUUAAUGCACAAAAUUAAUGCACGACUUUACUGCACAUCCGAUAAUAUUCACUGCACUUCCGCAAAAUUAAUUCUCUUCACAAUCACUUGAGGAAUUUGUUUUUUGUUAUUUUUUGUUUUUUUAGAUUUAAUAAUUUUAUUAUUUUACGUCUCAUUAAGUAUAUUGUGUUUCACGGUGAAAUUACUGUUAUGUUUUACUGCACUAUCGGUCAUAAUCACUGCACAAUAAACUUCAUUAAUGCAUUCAUUUACUGACAUUUACAACAUAUAUAUUGCCAUAUUCACGAUCAUGUUCACUGCCAAUGUCCAAUGCUUAUAUUUAAUGCCCACAAACCCUAAAUUCACCCACAAUACUCAACAAUAUCUAUUUUGAUUUUACUGCCCAUAUUCAUUGCGCAUAUUUAAUGCCCAUAAACCCUAAUUUUAGACUCCUAAUUUCAAAAAUGGAAAAGCAAAAAUGUGAAUGGAGGGCCACCUAGUAGCAAAUCUAAAGCAGUGGCCUUAUGUGUCUAACAAAAAUCUAAAAACCCAUCUUCAAGCUUCACAGAACAGGCCAUAAUAAUAACAAGCCCAUCUUCAAUAAUAACAUGACCGACGCCGCACUCCCCCUCCCUGUUAGGUUUUUGGCAAAACUCUAAUGGUUAAGGUAGCGCAUCGGACAAAGGCGAUUGGCUUGGCGGCUGGCUGGGCAGCAGAUCGCAUGGAUCAGGAUGUGGUGGUGGCGUGGUGCGCAUAGAUCAGUAGGCGGCGGCGACCUUGUCUAGGGACGGCGGCGGCGCACUUGUCUAGGGACGACCGCGGGGGUUGGUGGCUUCGGUCAGGGCGGUGUUUGCGGCGAGGAGGCGUGGGGCUGGGGUGGCAGGACAAUCAAGCGAGUGGCGGCAGCAACCGUUCUCUUAGACAACGGCGGACGGCGGCCCAUGGGGCAGCGGCAGACGAUGGAAGGGUGAGACCGUGAGAAUGGAGGCUAGGAUUGAAGAAAAUAGUAGGAUCUUAGGAUUUUAUAGAUAUAAUCUAAAGGGUAUAUGUGUCCACCUAAAUUAUUUAUUUAUUUAUUACGAAUUUUAAUUGAAUAUUAUGAUUUUUAAUAUUAUUUUAGUAAAAAAACUAGUUAGGUCAUAUAUUGAGAAAGUGGGAAAGUUUUAGUCAUAUCUAGGAUAAUUAUCUCUAGUAUUAAACUCACUAAAGAGAUGAAAUGGGAAUGAAAAUGGAUGGGUUUUUUUAUACUUAACGUAAAGCAACAGAAUAGAAACGGAAGAACAGGGUGAGAAAGAGCAGUCAAUUAAAAAUGUACAAUUUAUUAUGCAUAUUGAACAAAUUGUUAUUGCUUCUUUAGUACACCAACAUUUUUCUAUUCCUAAUGUACCCUUACCAUCAUUGGUGCUUAUAAUUUUUUUAUAAGAUAACAUUUCUUACUCUGGGUAUUUUUCAAUCGGCUCCUCGAUGUUUAACUUCUAUUGAUAAGUUAAUCCAAAUACACUGUCUUUAUUCACAUCAUUUUGUACCGGGCUGCAGACAUGUGUCAAAUUGGACGCAUUUAAUGUGGAGCGGCGCUACAGUCCAUCAGAGAUUCGAAAGUUGAAGUACCCGCUCGAUUACUCUCCUAAAAUCUAACUCCGCUGAUUUUAGGGAGUACGGAGUUACAAUUAAAGCCCGUAAACGGGAUCCAGCCCUCAACGGGAUUAGCCCAUAAUGGGAUUAGCCCAUAAACGGGAUUAAUAUUAAUUAGCCAGUGGGCCUAAUUAAGGAUGAGACCCACGAAAGAAACCCACAACCAAGCUAGGCUGGACAACAGACCUCGAGCCUAAGCGAAGUUCUAGUGAGGUCUGAUUUUCCUUAGGGCUUACGUGGCAGUCUAUCGUUCGUGCAUAGCUAUCUGGCAGCAGACAAGAAUAAACAGAAGAAAUGUGGACCUAAAGGGGAUAAUCAUUACACAACGUUCGAGAUGUUACAUGAGUCUUAUUUCAUUAUUAGCAUUUAAUUUUUCAGUAUCCCCCUAGAACACUAGUUCCCAAGGUCUAUAAAUAUUACCUGUAUAUUAUCUAUCAAGGGACCAAAUUCUAAAUUAAAAAUAUUGUCUACCUUACGCUGCCUAAAUUUCAUCUGCUCUCGUUGUUGGAUUUAACUCCAUCAAUUAAUUAAAAAUAUAAUUAAUGAAAACUAUCAAACACAAUCAAAAAAUGGAGAAAGACCAGUAUGACAACAUCUUAGAUUUCUUAGAGAUGUUCAUAAAGUAAAAGAAUUCCUUAGAGAUGAGUUUCUGUCUACUAAACUUACCAUCAAGCGUUCUAACAAACACCAUAUAUCAUAUGCAUAUAACUAUUCAGUAAGUCAUAUAUGUAUAUCAUAUGCAUAUAACUAUUCAGCAAGUCAUAUAUGCACAUUUCACUUGUAUCAUAUGCACAUUAACAAUUUCGAAGACAUGGACUUUAUGCAUUGACAAGCGUGAAAAUGUUACAUUAAAAAGGAACAGAAGUACAUAAUCAAUUGUGAUGAUGAUGAUAAACUUUAUUUACCAUUUCGCACACAUUACCUAUUUACUCCAACAAAUACCUCCAGAAUUGCAAUCUCCCAACUUCUAACAUAAAUAAGCCAUAUCGCAUAACAGCUUCAUGCACACGUCAGGAGAAGUUAAGUUCCUUAUUGACCUUCUUUAAAAUAUAAGCUGGAUUUCUUUGUCCUCUGACCUAAAAAAUAAUAUUAAACUUAGACAACAUUUUUAUGUGUAGGGUAAUAAUAAAGAAACAUGCAUUUCUGAAAAAUCUCACUAUGUCGCAUGCACCGUACACGUAUGUUUCCCUCUCAGCAUAUUUGAAGAGUCCAUCUUUAUCAUCCUUAUCGACACUAACACCAAUCCCCUUAUCUAAAGAAUAUAUUAGUGAUGAAACAUAAAAGGUUUUUGUAAAACUAUCAGCAUUCAUGCUUUCACCGCCACCUUCAAAUCAUAAUUGAGGCAGAAUCCAAAAUCAGUCUCUAAGGUACUGUUUUGCUCUAUUGGCACAUACGUAUAGUUAUAAAGUUUUAUAUGAAAAUUCAACUAGGUCCUUGUUGCCCCAUAAAAAUGAGGGAUAAACAACAAAAGCUUUAGAACUCCAAACACUUAAUUAUGUCUCAGUAAAUGAUCCCAACAUGAUGAAAUUAAAGUAGGACUUGAAUUGCUCAAUGAAUUCAUUGUCCCAUGGAUACAGCCAAACUUGAGAUCCAUAAGGCUCAAUGUCGAGCCUUCUGAGAUCAAUUUCACUUUCAAUUCCUCAAAUUCAUGCAUAUAAAGCUUUGAGAUCAUCACAAAACUUGCUUUUCGAAAAAGCUGAAAUGUCUAAUAAAGAUAGAAUUUUUCCUCGGAAAGCAAUUUUUGUGAUGAUCUCAAGGCUUUAUAUGCAUGAGUUCGAGGAAUUGGAAAUGGAACUGAUCCCAGAAGGCUCUACAUUGAGCCUUAUUAAUCUCAAGUUUGGUUGCAUUCAUGGGACAAUGGAUUCCCUGAGCAAUUCAAAUCCUACUUUAAUUUCAUCAUGUUGGGAGCAAUUACUGAGACAGAAUUAAGUGAUUAAGGUUCCAAAGCUUUUGUUGUUUACCCCUCAUUUUUAUGGGGCAACGAGGAUGCCCAGUUGAACUUUCAUAAAAAACUUUAUGAAUAUUUGUAUGUGCUGAUAGAGCAAAGCAGUAGAUCAACGACUAAUUUUGGAUCAUGUCUCAAUUAUGAUUGAAAGGUUGCGGUGAAUAGCAUAGAUGCUGAUAGUUUUACAAAAACCUUUUAUGUUUCAUCACUGAAAUAUUCUUUAAAUAAGGGGAUCGAUGUUGGUAUCGAUAAGGAUGAUAAGGAUGAACUGUUCAAAUAUGCUAAAAGGGAAACGUACGUGUACGGUGCAUGCGACAUAGUGAGAGUUUUUAGAAAUGCUGAAUAACAUGCCGGUGUAAUCUUUUGUUUCUUUAUUAUUACAUUUUCUUACACAUAAAAUGUUGCUUAAGUUUAAUAUUAAUUUUUAUUUUUAUUUUUUAGGUUGGAGGACAAACAAAUCCGACUUAUGUUCUAAAGAAGUUCGAUGAGGAACUUGAUUUCUCUUAGCGUGUUCAUGAAGCUGUUAUGCGAUAUGGCUUAUUUAUGUUAAAAGAUGGAAAUUGCAAUUCUAGAGAUAUUUUUUGUAAGGAGGGUGACAUACCUAAGAGUGCAUUUCGCAGUAGGUAUGGUCACUACGAGUUUCUUGUAAUGUCAUUUGGGUUAACCAAUGCACCAGCGGCAUUCAUGGACUUGAUGAACCGUGGGUUUAGUGAGUACUUAGAUCAAUUUGUAUUGUAUUUAUUGAUGAUAUCUUGAUAUACUCGAAGAAUGAGGAAGAACAUGAGCAUCACUUAAGGGCUUGUGCUUGAAAGACUAAGGGAGAAGCAACUCUUUGUCAAGUUAUCCAAAUGUGAAUUUUGAUCUAAAGAGAUUGGCUUUCUUGGACAUGUCAUAUCCGGAUCGGGCAUUGUGGUGGACAAUGCAAAGAUAGAGCCUAUCAUUGGUUGGGAACGACCCAAGAAUGUGAAGGAGACACAUAAUUUCCUUGGCUUAGCAGGAUACUAUCGUAAAUUUGUUGAGAAAUUUUCCGUGUUGGCAUUGCCACUUACGAAGCUCACGAAAAAGGGGACUGUUUAUAUGGGACAACAAGUGAGAGAAGGGGUUUCUUGAGCUAAAGAAAUGACUUACCAAGGCACCAGUUCUUGCCUUACCCAUACAAGGGAUAAGGUAUGAUAUCUAUAGUGAUGCUAGCAUCCAAGGGCUUGGAUGUGUGUUGAUGCAAACCGAUAAGGUGAUUGCCUAUGCUUCUAGGCAAUUGAGGAAACAUGAGGUGAUCCACCCUACCCAUGAUCUAGAACUGGGGGUGGUAGUGUUUGCACUGAAGAUUUAAAGGCAUUAUCUCUACGGAGACAUGCCACAACUAUACCGAUCACAAGAGUUUAAGGUAUGUAUUCAACCACAAAGAGUUGAAUAUGAGGCAAAGAAGAUGGAUGGAGUUGAUCAUGAAGAGUUGAUUAUGAAAUGAUCAUCGACUAUCAUCCCGGGAAGACCAAUGGAUAGACUCAUGAUUGCCUGAGAUCGGCAGAAGAGCUAUGUCGAUACACGGAGUAGACCGUUGGAGUUUGAAGUUAGUGAUAAGGUGUUUCUAAAGAUUUUUCCUUGGAAAGGUAUCAUCUGAUUCAUAUCAAGGGGCAAGAUUAACCUCCGAUACAUUGAUCCGUUUGAAAUCCUUGAAAGGAUCGGGGUCGUGGCUUACCGUCUCAAGAUGACACCGGAACUUCAAAAAUACAUGACGUGUUUCAUGUAUCAAUGCUUAAGAAGUACGUACGAGAUGUGUCUAAUAUUCUCGAGAAAUCAUCGGUAGAGAUCCGUGAGCACUUGCAAUAUGCAGUGGAGCCGGUGAAGAUAGUUGGUUAACAGGUAAAAAAAUUGAGGAGCAGGGAGAUUACUAUGGUAAAGGUUCUAUGGAGGAGUGAUCUAGUCGAAGAAGAAACAUGAGAGACCGAGGUCUCAAUGAGGGAGCAAUACAUGUUUCUUUUUUACUAGACACGUUGAUUUCGUGGACAAAAUCCCAAAUAAGGGGGUGAACUUGUAACACCGUCCCGAAGUGUAUUUACUUUUAGGUGAAUAAUGUAUUGAACGUUAUGCAAUGGUUAAUAAAUUCACAAGGUUGUAAAUUCUGUUAAUUCACGUAAGGCCCACCUGAUAUUUCUAGGACUACAUAUUAUGGUGGUGGAUAUUCUAGUUGGGCUAUAGAAAAGGCAUAGGGUUGACCGGUUGGUCAAACGAGACCCAAUUAUCGAUAUUGGUAAUUUAUGAGAUAACAACCCAAAAUGAAUUUCGGGGACUUCUAAAUUAAAGUUGAGUAAUGAAUAUUCAUUCUAAAGGCCCAAAGUGAUUGGGAACGUGUUAUAUAUUUCAUUUGGUUUGAUAAAAUGAAAUAUAAUUGAAACAGUCCGAGAAAUACAACUUUCGGGGUCGAGUGUACACUUCGGGACUUAAAGGGGUGACCUCCCACAUGGGUGGGGGCACCCCACGAAUUUGUAUGGGUUGUGAGAGAGGGGAGGUCGACUGGAUGGGAUGGAGGGGUGUAGGAGGUGUUGACUUGAAGAGAUUGGCAUCAAAAGAACAUAAGAGGGGUCCAUGCCAUGUUAUCAUUGUGGAAUAAGCCAAAGGAAGGUCUUAUCCCUCCCCUUAGCCAUUAAUGCGACCAUACCACCUCCAUUGUGAAGAAAGAACUCUGCAAGUGUUACUCCAUAGCUAGAAGGUUGUGUACUAUCAAUAUGAGGUCCAAGGAAGAAAGGGAAUUAGAGGAAAGAGGAGAAAAACGUUGGAAAUAAAGGUAAAGUUAUCUUAUUCAACUUUUCUUCUUUCAUUCCUUUUCAUAUGACUUAUACAUCAUAUGAAAGACCGUUAGAAUUGUUCUACAUGUUUAGAACAAUUCCACAUGGGAUGCACGGUUGGCAUCUAACCGGCUGACAUGGCGAUGACCGGAAAUUUACCUGCAAAAAAUGAGAUUUGAACUUUUUUAGCAAGUUCAGGGGGUGAAUUGGAGCUUAUUUGAGAUCGGGGUGCGAAUUGAGCAUUCCGAACAGGUACAGGGGCCUAUUUGACCCUUUAGCCUAUAUUAUAUUGUGCGACUGAUUAACUGAUAUACCUUGCCAUAACUACAUGACCUUCAUCUGUUUUAUUUCCUUCACUUGGGAAAAUUUUUAUGUAUAAAUGCAUUUCUUUCAAGAUUAAAAAAUCUAUAGAUUAGUCAUUCAAAACACAACCUCACAAAGUUACAAGUACUCUAAUGAGGCAAAGUCAUUAUAUGACUUUGUUAUAUACAAUUGGGUGGUGCACAUACCUGAACAUUGAAAAUACUUUCUAAUAAAAUUUGAAUAAACUAACUUGGUCAUAAAAAAUUAGUUCUAACUUGUUGGAUAUUUAGAAAUCUGACCUUUCCAUUAGUAUGUAAACUCUAUUCCCAAUGGUAAAAAACAAUUUAAAGAGCAAGUGCAAUGUACCUUUAUAGGUUUUGGAUGGUCCUUAUUGUGUACAACCUGCAAUAUACAUGACAUAGGAAAUGGUAUCACAUGUAAAAUGAAUGACAGUUAUAACUCAAACAAUAAAAUCAAACAAAAAAAUAAUUCAAGUAAACAAGUGCCGGUGCUUCUAGAAAAAGGUAAUCUGUUUUUGGCAGACAACCAAAUCUAAUCUAAAGUGAGAUGAGAACCUUGUACUGCCAGUUAUCUAAGGUUUACAGAAGCUGCAAGUAACUACUAUUAUGUACCUUGCACCUAACCUAUGGAAUGAAUAAGGUGCUUAAAGACACAACCAGUAUUGAGAUAUGACUAAGUGAGAAUUACUCUGCCUUUGUACCUUGACAUGCUUGAUCCCAUCUCUUAUGAAUUCUUCUCCUGAAUAGUACCUAUUUGUAUAAGAUCAAUCACCAAACUCAAUUAAAACCUUCACCACUUAAUGAUCAUUAUUUGGGAAAACUCCAUCAUUGAGAUAUCUUAAUAAAAGAAAUAGAAGCUGUAGCUGUAGUUGGAACUACUCAAUCAAAGUAGUUACUUCGCAACUGGUAUAAGUGAAAACUAAAAUAAAAAUAUAAUUAUAAUACUUCGUAGUAAUCAAUAAACUUAGAGAAGUCACCUCUCAGUAUUAUAUCUAAAUGCAUUCUAUAAAAAAACCGGAGAAACCUAUUCAAAGUUACCUCUCAAUAUUAUUCAAACACUUUCUAGGGAAACCCCGCUGAAAAUUUGGCCUAUGCAAUCCAAAAGGUAGAGAAAAGUGAAUGCUAUAAAAAAUGGUUGUCAUAAAUCAUAAUACUUCACAAAAACUCUAAAUACGCGAAGUAGGGAAAAGACAUAAUUAGGAGAGAUCAUUUUAGCUAAAAACCAGUAAAAGAUUAUAUCAACUCUACCUUGGUUUUUGCCAAACUGAAAAAGUGGGGUAAACUGUAAACCUGCAAAAUUUGCAAAAGUGAGGUAAGCCUAAAAACGGAGUAUUAGGUCCUCUAACUUCACAAUUAUAUUGAAUUGAACAAUAUAUUUCCCAAAACAAAUCAGGAUUAAGUCCUAAAAAAGAUUCUACUGAGUUGUUAGUGACUGCAUAAGCUAUUUUUCAAGGCACUAAAUUUGAGCGUAAACCAGCACAUGGAUGAUUUUUUCAUUGUUUAACUCCUAGCCUACAGGACCACAAAAGCUAUUACUUACAAAUAUAGAAAUAAUAAAAACAUAACAAAACUCUAAUCUUUUCCCACAACUACUAUAGAGAGACUACCUUCAGAAUGCCUUUGGCGACUACCUCAUAAGCUAUUCCUUUCACCGAGGCUUUUUUACAAACAGUUGGUUGGCAUUAGAAAAAUGCACUGAGAAAUAGACAUUUCCAUUUUCUAUCAAACGAAAAGAAAUUAAAAAUCCCAACAAAUACACAAAAAAAGAGAAUAAGUAUACAUAAACUGAACAUUACCUGUAAAAAUAAUUACAUAUACAGUAUGCAAAAAUCAUUUUUAUCUGAGAAUUACGUCUGCAAUUUCACAUGACAAGGUCGGCUGAUGUGAUUUUGUUACAACAAAUUUGCAAUUGUUAAGGAGGUAAUAAUAUAGAUGUUAAGCUAGAGAUCGAGUACCUACCGGCUAGUGUCUCCGUUUGUCGACCGGAAAUCUCAAGGAGAAGUUAAGGACUCACCAACUCGAUCCAUCAGUCAGCUAGGGCAAGGGCGAGCUCUUGAGGAACCGAGGAUUGCCAUCGAAGGGGAACAAAAUCCAAUCGUCCAGGCGGCGAAGUUGUGCGUUCGGUGAGUGGCGAUGAGGUCCAUCCGUCUGGCGUUUCUGGGCUAGGUCACGACAGUGUAGGAAAAGGGCGUUGUGUG